UGGUUUAUCUGGAUCCAGAUUGGUUGUGGACAGACAAGUGGGAGGGGUAAGUACCUUCAAGCUCCAUGGCCAACCCAAGGCUUCUAGCAUAAAAGGAAACCUGCCAGAAGCCAAGAGAGAUCACAUCGACUGAGGUACAAAUGCAGCAUGAGCUCACCUCUGAUGACAAACUGACUGAACAUUAGCACCGAGGAAGAUUCUGGUGUUGCUACAAAGAGAGACAUGGAAGACUAUGAAUACAAUCCCGAUGUCUGGACAUCGUUAGAGAAUAUCAGCAAGGAGGAGCAUGAGAAUUUCCUGAAGUUCAGCAAGAUCUUCCUACCCAUCACAUACUUGCUGGUGUUUUCCUUUGGGUUGGUGGGGAACUGUCUGGUGCUGGCAGUCUAUAUUUUUUGCCAGAAGGCCAAGAGUCUGACUGACCAACUUCUUCUGAACUUACCUAUAGGGGACUUGCUGUUUAUUUGUACUCUGCCAUUCUGGGCUUAUGCCACCAUUCAUGAGUGGGUCUUUGGGCAAGUCACGUGCAAGAUUGUGCUGGGGAUGUACACCUUAAAUUUCUACACAUCCAUGCUGUUCCUCACCUGCAUCACCAUUGACCGCUUUGUUGCAGUAGUUCAGGCCACCAAGACCCACAACUAUCAAGCCAAAAGGAUGACUAUAAGAAAGAUUCUCUAUGUCACCAUUUGGGUAGUCUCUCUAUUGGUUUCCAUCCCGCAGUUCAAGUUUGCCAGGGUUUCUCAAAAUAACAAACAGGUCUGUCACAAUGAAGAGGAAGAAAUUUCUACUGUGGUCCUUGCCAUCCAAAUGACAAUUGGGUUCUUCCUGCCUCUAACAGCCAUGAUCAUCUGCUACUCAGUCAUUAUUAAGACCUUGAUACAUGCCAAAGGGUUCCAGAAGCACAAGUCUUUAAAGAUUAUCUUUUUAGUCGUGGCAGUGUUUGUCAUGACCCAACUGCCUUUCAAUCUCAUUAAGCUUAUCCGCACCACGAGUUGGGAGUAUGACACAGACCCCCACUUCCACUAUGCCCUAGUGAUAACAGAGGCCAUUGCUUACCUACGGGCCUGCCUCAACCCUGUGCUGUAUGCCUUUGUUGGGGUGAAAUUCAGAAAGAACUUUUGGAAACUCAUGAAGGCCCUCAAGUGCCCCUAUGCUGCAGGGAAAAUAAGCCAGUAUCAGGCCAGCGAUGAAGCCUCUAAAAGUUUCGUUGCUUCCAACAAUGCUCAGGCCACCAGCAUGUACCAGCUGUAGCACGUGUCCACGAUUCAGACACAUAAACAAGCAUCUAUUAAGUGCCUACUAUGUAUGUGCCAGACACCGUGCUGAAUGCAAUUAUGGGAAUUAUUCUGGCAGCUUACAAGACAAUGACUUGAGUGGGAUUCUUGCUUGUAAACUCUGGAUUAUCACCAACAAGUGAGUAAGCACCAUUUUGCUGGGUAUCAAGGACAUUUCUAUCAUAACAGAUCUUGGGCUAACCUGAUUCCUUCCUUGAACAUGAGCUGUUGCCCAAACCUAAGCUCAGUGAUCAUAAAAACCAAAAUAUAGCAAGGACAUUCCCCCAGCUCCAUGUGCUUUGUGAACUGAGAAGCAAUGGGUAAAAUGAAUGAACAGGUAAAACUAUUCAAAUCCCCCCAGCAUCACUGCUUUCUUCAAGACCAGCCUUUGGGAACUGGAUGAAACAGAUAAAAUGUCACCAGUAAAACUAUGGACUCCAUGGUUUAGGAGAUGGCAUGUAAAGCACAGACCAUGAAAAUGAAGAGUGGUCCAGGUCUCUGGGAAUGAAAGGAAACGAGAGGAUAACUAAGAGACAUCAGACCGGAGGCCUAAAAACGGACAUCUUCUUGUCUCCCUUUAUGUGCUGCCCUUACCGGCCCCCUGUUAUUCCAUUUCCAUGCUCCCAGGAGUCAGUCUGCUACAGGAAGGAGAGACCUCGGUUCUCUUAGCAGUGGAGUGAUGGGCUCUGAUAUAUGUGGGGAAGUCCAAGACCAACUUUAUAGUUUGAAGAGAAUUCAUGCAUAUUGUUGAAAGUGUAUUGUUUGUUUGUUGUUCACUGGACUUAAGGGUAAUUUGUGAACCUGCUAUAUUUCUUAUACAUAAAAUUAGAUUACAAAUGCUUAUUCUAGGUAUGUGAAAAGCACCUUUUCAUUAUUAUGGCCAGAUCAUAAUAAAAGGUUGUUGUGUUUUGUUUCUUAACUAUAACUACUGAUUUCUUCAUAAAUCUUUUACUCUUUAUUUUUGCCCAGAGCAACUGAAACGUCCUGGAAAAAGGUGAUUUUUGGUGUUUUUCGAAGGUUUUGUAGCUCAGUCUACAGGAGACUUAGAUACUACUGAAAUUGAAGUUGUGCCUGCCUUAGGAAAAUCACUCGGCUGCCAUGAUGUCAGAACCCCUGCAUGUUACUGAAUGAAAUGAGGGCAUUUGCUUAAUCUUUAGAAUGAGAAAACUGGCUGAAGUGUGUCUUUAAAUGGCGUAUUUCAAACUUAUUCAUUAAAUUAUAAAAACAUACAUUUACUGGCUUAUACAUGUCUCAGUACAUAGAUAUAUUGAUAGCAUUUAUAUAUAAUCCUUUAAGGUUUGCAAAGCAUUUUACAAAUAUCUCAGUUUAUCCUCACAACAGC